GAAAGUUCACCUCCUGAGCGAUGGAAACAUGUCAAAGGAAAUGAAAACCCUGCUGAUGCCGGUUCUCAUGGUAUUCUCCCUAAAGAUAUUAUCAAUCAUGAUUUAUGGUGGUCAGGACAGCAUUGGUUAAAAUCGGAUCCGUCAACCUGGGAAUCGAAAUUAGUUAUCCCUCGUCCCCUUGAAGCUGUGUUGACAUCUGGCAUCCGAGAAGAAGAUUUAAAGUUAAAGGAUAAAAGGGAAGUCUCAAUGCCGGUAAACACAACAAACAUUUUACCAAGGCCUGUAAUCGACAUCAAUCGAUACUCAAGCUUCAUUCGCUUAAUGAGAGUUACUGCGUUCAUUCGCCGUGUAGUCACCAAAAAAUACCUAUUUACUUCAACGCCACUAACGGUUGAUGAAUUACACAAAGCUGAAACAUGGUGGUUCAAGAAAGUACAGUCUGAAAUGUUCUCUGAAGUCAUCGCUGUACUUAAGAAAGGAAAACAACUAUCCAAUAAACACUAUCAAAAAUCUCUAAACCCAUUUCACGACUCUGAGGUUUGCUGAGAGUUGGUGGAUGCCUUUCACAAUCACAACUAGAAUUUGACUCAUGUCACCCUUUAAUUCUCCAUGGAAAACAUCGACUUACCACCUUGCUUGUCGAACAUGAACACAAACGAUUGUGCCAUGCAGGACCUAAACUGGUCUUAGGAACACUUCAACAGCGCUAUCAUAUUAUCAGUGCUAGAAGGAUUGUUCGAAAGUGCACUCAUGAAUGCGUUAUCUGUCGGCGUACAUCUCCAAAGGUUUCCACACAGCUAAUGGGUCAACUCCCAAAAGAAAGAGUCAAUCCAUCAUUCGCAAACGAAAUGGUCUCAGUUGAUUAUGCUGGUCCUGUUUUCAUCAAAGCCGGAUCCAAACGAAGACCAAUUUAUCAAAAAGCGUACAUUGCUAUAUUUGUCUGCUUGCAAACCAAAUCCUGCCAUAUAGAACUAGUAUCUGAUUUAACAGCUGAAGCAUUCGUCGCAGCACUACGUCGAUUCGUGGCGAGACAAGGAAAACCAUGUCAAAUUUAGAGUGACAAUGCAACAUUUUUACUUGAGCAAAUAAAGAUCUCAAGGAUUUUUAUGACUACUUAAAGGAAGCAGAGACACAAGCGACUAUUGCCAAUUUUUGUUCUACACAAGGCAUACAGUGGAAAUUAAGCCCUCCUACAGGCCCUCAUCAUGGCUCAGUAUGGGAAAACAGUGUCAAGGCAUGCAAGUAUCAUCUCAAGAGGAUUGUUGGUGAAACCAAACUGAACUUUGAAGAACUAACUACGUGUCUAUGCCAAAUCGAAGCCUGCUUGAACUCUAGACUGAUUGCUGCUUCUAUCGACAGUAACGACGAUGAUGGGAUUGCUCUGUUAACUCCUGGUCAUUUUUUAAUUGGUAGACCAUUGGAAUCUCUUCCAGAUCAUCCCGAUACAGUUAAUAAACCGAUGAAAGUACUAAAACGUUGGUACUUAUGUCAAGCCCUAGUUCAACAAUUUUUGGAAAAAAUGGUAUACCGAAUAUUUGAACUAUUUGCAACGUUUCAACAAGUGGAACCAUGA